AUGAGGACAAGUGGCGGAGGGCCCACUUGUCCUUCUCGUACCAGUGGCGCAAAUCUCAAGGCGAGAGAAAGGAAGUUGAAUGAUAACAAAACAUUAAUAUUCAGAUUUUUAAAAUCAUUUUCCAAAAAAAUAAAAAAAAUCCUCUCUCCUAUCCAUAAAGAACCCACGGUUCUCUCUUAUCUAAACAUCAUCAUCAUCACGGCGGCCGGCCAAUCUCACGGCGGCCGACCAAUCUCACGGCGGCGCUGCCGCGAAAAGUGUCCGAUUCAAUUUUUUUAUACAUUUUUCUCUUUGUCUCAACCUCCUUGUUUCGUUUCUCAGAAUAGUUUUUCAAAUAAAGGUGGAGCACGGCGACGAUUGAAGGGUGCAGACGGAGAUUCUCCGGAGAGUCAAGGGUUCCGAGCGGUGAUUUUGUACUCAGGCACGGUGGAGGCACGGUUCAAGCAAGGGAUUCCGGUGAGUUCAAGUCUCAGAGAAUCGAGGUCAUACUUGCUUGGAACUUCGGAAGGACUUGCAAAGAUGUGUGAACUCAAAGUUUAUGAUACAAUUGGAAGCUUAGGCAAAGAGAACGCUUCAUUUGUUCUUGUAGAUUGGCAUUGUAGCUUGAAAUUAGGCCAUAGAAGAGUUUUGCAAUUAUAA